AUGGGGCUCCGCCAUUCUGCGCCGUGCUGGUCGGACGCUGCCGAGCCCGAGGGCGAGAAGGACGUCGACCCGGACGUGCUACCCCCGUCACCACUACAUGCAUCGGAUGGCUCGAUCGACUGCGCGAAGCUCCAGAUGCUCGAGACCAUUGGCCACGACGCCCACGGCCGCGUCGAUCGCGCGCUGUACAAGAGCAAACCCGUGACAGUCCGAACCAUCAACAACGUGCCUCGCCCGACGUAUCUCGCCAGCAUGCGCAAGGCCUAUAGCUUGCGGUCACCGUACACUGUCGCCGUCCAUGGCAUCAUCGACGCCAACCCGGACCGACCGAAGAUCGUGACCGAGUGGGUCGAUGGCUACCGCCUCUCACAGUACCUCGCGUAUCGCAGCGCUGGCCGCCCAACGGGCUUGAAUCCGUCGACGCUCGACAUCGCGCUGGCUGUCGCGAUGGGCCUCGACAUGAUCCACGAGCACGGGCUUGUGCACGGCCAGCUCCACCCCAACAAAAUCUAUGUGACCUCGAACGAAGAGAUCAAGCUCUCCGAUUUUGGCGGAUCCUUGUACCACGAAGACCCAACGUUUAGCCGCAUGUACUUUGAGGGCGAGCCGUACUACUGGGCGCCAGAGCUGUACGAAGACUACCGCAACGAGACGCCGGCGGCCGACAUGUAUGCGUUCGGCGUGAUCUUGUGCUACUUGGACACGGGCGUCCCGCCGUUUGGCCCGGACGACCGUUGUCGCAACAGCCUGCUUCUGGACAUCGUCGACAAUGCACUGCGACCGGCGCUCCGCCCCAACUGCCCCGACUGGUACCGCAACCUUGCCCACCAGUGCAUGGCCAAGGACCCAAUCGAUCGGCCAAGCGCCGCUGAUGCGGUGGAUCUUCUUAUUCGACACAAUGGCGACGUCGCAUUUCUCGACGACGGGCCCUUCCAGCCAUUCUAUGCGCCGUACCCAUGGCUUCGAAAAUCCCGCUAAUUUACACCG